ACUAGCAAGAACUAUAGAAUAAACAUAACCCACCAUGGCUACUCUGGUUGCUGCUCGAGAUCAUUCUCCACAGGAAGAUGCAGAAGCUCUCUGGAAGGCUGUUAAGGGGUGGGGGACGGAUGAAAAGAGCAUAAUAGAAAUACUGGGUCAUAGAAAUGCUUACCAAAGGCAGCAAAUUAGACAAGCAUUCCAGGACAUUCACCAAGAGGAUCUCAUCAAACGCCUUGAGUCUGAGCUAACUGGUGACUUUGAGAGAGCUGUAUACCGGUGGAUAUUUGAACCUGCAGAACGUUAUGCUGUGUUGGCCAAUGUUGCCAUAAAAAAUGCUAACAAAGACUACCAUGUGAUUGUGGAAAUUGCAUGUGUGCUUCAACCUGAAGAGCUUUUGGGUGUGAGACGAGCCUACCACAAUCGCUACAACCAUUCCUUGGAAGAAGAUGUGGCUGUUCACACCACUGGCCUUCUUCGUCAGCUUUUGGUUGGACUGGUAAGCUCAUUUAGGUAUAGGGGUGAUGAGAUCAAUCUAAGAUUGGCAAAAUCUGAAGCUAACAUUCUUCAAGAAGCUAUCAAAGACAAGAAAGGUAAUCGUGAAGAAAUUAUCAGGAUCCUCAGCACAAGGAGCAAGACCCAACUUGUGGCAACUUUCAAUAGCUACAAAGAUGAAAGAGGAAUUUCUAUUAGCAAGAAACUGUUGGAGGAAACAUCUGAUGACUUUGAUAAGGCUGUGCAUGUUGCCAUUCAUUGCAUCAAUGAUCACAAGAAGUAUUAUGAAAAGGUUUUGCGUAGUGCGAUAAAAGGAGUUGGAACGAAAGAGGAUGAACUAACUCGGGUGUUUGUCACAAGGGCUGAGAAGGAUCUAAAGGACAUCAAAGAGUUAUAUUAUAAGAAAAAUAGUGUGCACCUUGAGGAUGCAGUCGCCAAGGAAGUCUCGAGACACUACAAGAAAUUUCUCCUCACUUUGUUGGGAAAAUAAAAGCUUAAAAAAAAAAAAAAA